AUGCAUCGCUUGGUUUUGGCUGCCUUGCUGGCCUCGGCCCAGGCGGCCCUAAAGUCCUUGCGCGAAAGCCGCGAAAGCCUGCACGUUGCUACAGCAGGCCCUGCCAGCCCCUGCCAGUGUCAAUCAGACACUUCUGCUAUACCCAGGCCGACUCGUACAAAGCCGAGGUGCAUCUUCAUUGAUCUGGGAGCUGCAGAUGGAAACAGUUACAAUGCCUUCCUUCGCGGGGAGUAUGGCAACCUCGCUGAUUGCCCCAACCAGGAGUAUGAGGCGUAUUUGGUGGAGGCAAACCCGCACUUCCAGCAGGAGCUCAACAACAAGGCUGCCAAGUCGGUUCCUGGUAAGGAGAUCUACCCCAUGAUGAACGGCGCUUGGAUGUGCGAGGCGGACACCACCUUCCAUGUCGUAGGCAAAACAUCGGCUGCAUCAUCUCUGGCUCCGCAGGGCAACGCUGAGGAUGUGCGAGUGCAUCUGAUAAAUGUCGUUUCCUUGAUCAAAUCGAAGACCAUUCCCGGAGACAAAGUCCUGCUAAAGGUGGACAUCGAGGGCGCCGAGUUUGAUCUGAUUCCUUGCCUGGCGCGUGCAGAUGUAUUAGGCCCUCACAUAACUGCAUUUGUGGAGGAGCACUACUUCCUCGGUGGUGUCAAGCGGAGUCUCACAGGAGUCACCGAUGAGGAAUACAAGGCAGCCAAGAAAAUGAUGACGUCCAAGGGUGUGAAGAUGCCUCACUACUCCUCGAUCACCCUCCUCGCAGGCGCCUAA